AUGAGCGUCAACGUCACUGCCAGUACACCUGCCCACACGCACUGCCCUCUGGCCGGAAGCGAAGCUGCCUACGCGGCGGCUCGAGAGCUCACGAACCGAGCAACUGCGCAUGCCGAUGCCGCCUCUACCGAGGCCACACGCGGAAAAGUGUGGGAGAGGGAGAAACGUAUGACUAGCUACAAUGAGAUUACGCAUCACUACAAGCUCGGCUGGCCCCUGAAGCAAUGUGGAUCAGUGACCGGAGCUGGGAUGCUGCCGCGUACUGCUGCUCGGCUCAGUGUGGACAAGUACUGCAAUAAGGACAGCAUCCGCCUUUGUGGACUUUUUCUGAAGGCGUUUAGUUCCACACACAACGACGUGGUGCUGCUCGUGGUAGAUCCAUCGAGAAAGUACCAGAAGGUGUUCGGAUUUGGUGGUGCCUUCACCGAUGCCACAGGAAUAAACAUCAAGUCGCUCCCGGCAAACAUGCAAGAUGACAUUAUCAAGUCAUAUUACGCGAAGCAAGGGCUUGCGUACACCAUCGGAAGGAUUCCAUUGGCCAGCUGCGAUUUCUCCACGCGAAAAUACACGUACGACGAUUCUCCAGGUGACUUGGAGCUUAAGAACUUCAGGCUAGCCCCGGAAGACUUUAAUCUCAAGAUUCCGUACAUCAAAGCGGCCAUGUCUGUCUCCAGUGAGCCGAUAUGGUUCUUCGGGAGCGCUUGGAGCAGCCCAUCUUGGAUGAAGACCAGCAACACUCUGGAGGGUCGCGGCACUCUGAAGGGCAAACCAGGAGGUCCAUAUUACAAGGCAUGGGCAAAGUACUACGUCAGGUUUGUACAGGAGUACGAGCGCCACGGAAUUCCCAUCUGGGGUCUGACAACGCAGAAUGAACCCACGGCGGGCUUGAUACCUGGCUAUCGGUGGCAAGCGCUGGGUUUCACGCCGAAGACGCAGAGAGACUUCGUCAAGCUCGACUUGGGACAGGCGCUAGCUGAAGCCGGUUACGGAGCGGAAAAACUGCAAGUCAUGAUCCUCGACGACAAUCGCAUCGGCCUUCCGCUCUGGGCAGAUGUGGUGCUAGGCGACCCUGAAGCGGCCAAAUUCGUACACGGAGUCGCCGUCCACUGGUACCUGGACUGGCUCAUUGGGCCGUGGGUACUUGACAAAGUGCACGAACACUUUCCUGACAAGUUCAUUCUUGCCACCGAGGCAUGUUCCGGCUUCCAACCGAUCGUUAAGGACAAGGUCAAACUGGGAAGCUGGGAACGUGCAGAGGAUUACGCAAGCGACAUAUUGGAGGACCUGAAUCACUGGGCUAGUGGUUGGACGGACUGGAACCUUGCCCUAGACACGGGAGGAGGACCAAACUGGGCCAAUAACUUCGUCGACUCGCCCUUAAUUGUGAAUGUCACUGCAAAUGAGUUCUACAAGCAGCCGACAUACUAUGCACUGGCCCAUUUCAGCAAAUUUCUACCCAGAGGCAGCGUCCGGAUCGAGUGUCAUCCGGAGCAGUCGCUUUUACGAAACAGAGCUCACCUCGAGUAUGCGGCAUUCACGACGCCAGAUUCAGCAGUCGUAGUGGUCGUGUUGAACAAGCAUAACAAGAAACAUGCGCUGAAGAUCAAGGACAGGUCCGGUUCCCACACUGUUGAAAAGAUAAUCGAUGAGCGGUCAAUAACGACUCUUAUUUGGCGGUAGACAGCACACCUUCAUGCGAAAAGCACAAUAUUCAGGAGUCGUUUGCUGGCACCUUCUCCGUGUCGUCCCCCUGGGGGAACACAUCUGAAACAUUGGCCAUGUUGGCGGCCCUCAUCAUGCACCCAUGGUUCCAGCCAUGACGUAUUGCACCAUGAAUGACUAGUCAAGCUUCACGGCAAGUGUUUACUACUGGCAACCUCUCUAGUUGGUUGUGUGGUAUUCAAACAGCCUAAAUCACAACGCAUCCGAUCAAGGGGAUUUGCAUUAUGCUCUUGUUUUUGUCUGUAACUUAUCUUCCACGACACGCUCUCUGAUAUGUUUGUGCUCAAUAAAGCUUCGUAUCGCUUUCAAUACACA